AUGGCACCUUCCAGGAUAGAUGAUGAGGUUCUAAAACCCAAGAUUGACGAGCAAGGCUCAAAAAUGGCGAAACCCAACGGCGAAGGCCACCUUCUUCAUCGAUCCCUCAUAGAGCACCCUGCCAAGGUGGAGAGUGCAAAAGGUUUGAUGCUCCAUCUCUCCGAUGGCCGAACUGUCCUUGAUGCCUGUGCUGGCGCUGCAGUUGCUCUGAUUGGGCAUGGUCGAGAAGAGGUACAUGAAGCCAUUAUGAAGCAGAUGCAAAGUGUCAGCUACGUUCAUACACAAUCCUACACCACGUCGUCGGCGGAGGAUCUCGCCAACUUUGUUCUAGACGGCAACCCCCACGGACUGGAAAAGGCCUUUUUUGUCGGCAGUGGUAGCGAGGCUGUCGAGUCCGCGCUGAAACUGGCGCGACAGUAUUACUACGAGAAAAAUGAGCCUCAACGACUGCACUUUGUCUCCCGGCAGCAGAGCUACCACGGCAAUACCAUUGCUGCCAUGUCAAUCUCCUCGAAUCUCGCGCGCAAGGUUCCCUUCGAUGGCUUUAUGUAUCCCCAUACCUCUCAUGUCUCCCCCGCCUAUGCAUACCGGCACCAGCGGAUGGGGGAGACGGAAGCAGAAUUUACAGCCCGUCUCCUGCAAGAGCUUGAGGAGGAAUUCCUCCAGAUUGGCCCCGAGAAGGUCAUUGCCUUUGUGGCCGAGCCGAUCGUGGGCGCGACAGCGGGCUGCGUCACAGCACCAGCUGGAUAUUUCGCCGGAGUGCGCGCUCUAUGCGACCGGUACGGCGUUCUGCUGAUCCUCGAUGAGAUCAUGUGUGGCGUGGGCCGAUCGGGAACCUUUUUCGCCUUUGAACAGGAAAAGGUCGUUCCCGAUAUCAUGACCAUUGCCAAGGGGCUUGGGGGUGGGUAUGCACCCAUCGCAGGGGUUUUAGUCCACCAGAAGGUGAUCGACGUGCUCCGCCGGGGAAGCAACGCGUUCAAUCAUGGGCAUACUUACCAGGCCCACCCUGUGUCUUGUGCCGCUGCAUUAGCGGUCCAGCAGAUCGUACGGCGAGAGAAUCUAGUCGCACGCUGUGCCGCUCUCGGCCAAUUACUGGAGCAGCAGCUGCGGACAGAACUGACAGAUUGCUUGUCCGUUGGUGAUAUCCGCGGUCGUGGCCUGUUUUGGGCUGUAGAGUUCGUCCAAAACAGAUCAACCAAGGCAACCUUUGAUCCAACGGUGAGAUUCGGAUUGCGUGUUCAACGAGCUGCGUUCGACCGAGGAUUGGCCGUUUAUCCCGGUGCGGGCACUGUGGAUGGAAUUCGAGGAGAUCAUAUCUUGUUGGCCCCUCCUUUCACGGUCACAGAGGCGGAGUUGCGUCAGAUAUGCAAGAUUUUGCGAGAGGCAAUCGAAUCCGAGGAGAAAGAAUGCCUCUCUUGUUGA